AUGACCCACUCUCGAGCGCAGGCGAAACCCUCUGGUAACUGGUUAGCGUUGAAGAAGAAGGCUUCCAUUUCCUCUACGAAAUCGUCGAAAUCACAAAGUGGAGACGAUAGACCUCGGAAACGGCAAAGAAGCGAGCGCCAGACGUCCGUGGCCACGGUCAGCUCUGUCGAUUCCGCGGAAUUCAAGCACGCGUCGUCCUCCAAGGCUUCCGCGUUCGUCAGUCCGUCUGCGGCAGAUUUACCUGCAAGCAAAAAUGGCGAGUCACUGCCCUGGCUUCGGCAGAUGAUACUAGGGGAGCUGGAGUAUACCACGGCUCAGCAAGCACCCGGGAAGUACCUGGCUCUGGACUGUGAAAUGGUGGGCGUCGGUAUAGACGGUGCAGAGUCGUCCCUUGCUAGGGUCAGCUUGGUCAAUUACUACGGAGCCGUGCAGUUGGACGAGUUUGUGCGGCAACGGGAACGAGUAGUCGACUACCGAACGCAGUACAGCGGCAUCCGGCCCGCAGACAUGGUGAACGCAAAACCUUUCAACGAGGUGCAGGCGAAAGUGGCGGAGCUGUUGAAGGAUCGAAUAUUAGUUGGGCAUGCGGUCUUCAACGACUUGAAAGCCUUGCUGUUAUCACACCCGCGCCCCCAAACGCGAGAUACCCAGCAUUUGGCUGGCAAGCACAAGCUUACCCGCAGUCGCUAUCCCGCUCUUCGGAACCUAGUCCAGCAAGAGCUAGGAAUGACAAUCCAGAGUGGAGAACACUCGAGUGUCACGGAUGCCCGAGCAACGAUGGCGCUCUAUCGACUACACCGCAAAGAAUGGGAACGAGGCAAGAGGAUGCCGCUUCCAGAGCUUUUGGGCGCGAUCUCGAAGGGAAAUUCAAAGAAACGGAAACACGACAGUGUUGACGGGCAAGAAUCUGAUCCGACAACUGAGUUCCCCGGAGGAGGCAGAAAAGGCAUCAGCUCGGGAUUGUCGGUUGUCGUGAAGAGGUCGUGGAACCAUAAAACUGAAGAGGGAGUUGAAGAAAGGUCUCACUCCUCUGCUGGAAAGAAGAAAGGUUCGACGCAGUGGUGGAAGCAACUUGGGGAUGGUCCUGCUAAAGGUUCUAUUUCGUCCAAAGCUAGAUAAUCGUUAUACUGGGCUUCGCGAAUUUAUACUGGAUUUUUUGUUGUCACAUCCAGCGAGUUCACUGGUGGAGUCAAG